AUGGAUUCACUCCUGGCCUUUGGUGGCCUGAUAGGAGAACCUGUUCAAUUAGUAUGUGCUUGUGGUGAGACCACUCAGGUUAAGGAGAACUUUACAUUCUUUGUUAGUAUAGUCUAUGACUUAGGGCUGACGGACCAGGAAGUCAGUAGAUCGAGUGGCCUGGCAGCAAGGGUCAUCAACUCUCAACAAGAUUGGUUGGAUCGUGUGUCCAACCAACGUUCCACCAAGAGACUGGUACAGGACCUGUUAUUUGCACAACCUGUGAUCACCAACUCAGGCAAUACGAGCACCUGGCUCAUUUCCCACAAGAUGAUCCUGCCAACCAGCGUUUGUCGUGUAGAAAUCACUCGAUAUUUAUGCUCAGUGCCGCAGUUCUGGAUACACACAAUUCGGAAAUUCUACCCCCCCUCCCCAAUACAAGGGGCACGGGUGUUAACCUUGACGAUGGCGCCGCGGCAGGAAAUUCCUGGCGCCGCGGCAGGGAAUUCCUGGCGCCGCGGAAGGGAAUUCCUGGCGCCGCGGCAGGGAAUUCCUGGCGCCGCGGAAGGGAAUUCCUGGCAGACGUCAGGUUGCUUAAGCGUUUCUGUAAGAAUUACAUAUAUAAAGAGGCUGGAAGAUCUUCUGGACAUUAGACUUGAAGCAUCUUCAGUUUUCACACCUGAUCAGUACCUCUAUACCAAAAUGUACAGGACCGGACUCCUCCUCCUGGCCGCCGCGCUGCUUCCCUUUGCCGCCGCCUAUGGCGUCCCGAGGCAGCCUCUCCAGCAGGUUCCUUCCUAUCAGCAGACUCAGCAGGAAAUUUCUCCAAUACUAUUCCCUUCCGAAUCCGGACCUGAGCAGCAGAAGCUCUGCCCCGCCAGCACCGUCUACCAGAAGGUCACGGAGACGGAGGUCGUCCCAACCUACGUCACCAAGACGCUUGACCGCUACGUGACGGAGUACGAGACACAGGUCCAGACGCAGUACCAGACCGUGGCCACUACAGUUGUCCAGCCUUCCUACAUCACCGAGACCGAGUUCAAAACCAACUAUAAGACCAAUUAUGAGACCGAAUAUUUAACCGAGACUGUGCACAACACGCAAACCAUCCACUCUACAUAUACACAGGUCGACACAACCUCUAUUUACGUCACCAAGACGCAAGAUCACUACGUCACCAACACCUACACCGUCACAGCUACUAUUACCUCAUCAGUACCUCAUUACGUCACCACCACGUCAGAGAUCAACAACUACGUCACCGUCACAAAGGAAUGCAACGCUCCUAUCAAGAAUGGUGGCUACGGAUAUGGGAAGUAAUUCAUAGCCGAACGACCGAACAAAAGCCGAAUGUGCCGCGUUACUCAGGAACUCACUCAAAACGCCUUUGCAACGGGAGGUUGGAGGCGCCUCGGAAUGGAAUCCGAAGAGGUUGAGGGAAUAAGGGCAUUUAUAGAAUGAGAAGAGAGAGAGAGAGAGAGAGAGAGAGAGAGAGAGAGAGAGAGAGAGAGAGAGAGAGAGAGAGAGAGAGAGAA